CCGAAAGGAAGGUUCAAAUACGUCCCUGCCUGGGAACUGACCCACAGCCCACACACCAAAAUUCACCAUGGACACGGCGCCCAGACUAAAAUUACAUUAGAAAUAAGAAAAUGCAGGUCAAGCCAGUGGUCGACACACAGCAUGGUGGAGGCAGUGCAGCAGAACCUGGACAGCCUGCACACCAUCUCUACAUCUCCACCAACAGUCUGCUCUCUGACCUCCCCAUUGACCUGUGUGCCCAUAUGAAAAGGGUCAGGGUGUGUGAGGUCAAGGGUUAUCCACAGAUAAAGAUCCACAUAAUGGUUGGGAAGUUUGUCAAGAACCACACAGAGGGGAAAUACACCAGAGUCCCUGAGAAAAACCUCCGCUGUGUUGCCCACCUCUUGAGUCAGGACACAGGUGUUUUAAUGGUUUUGGGGCUGUUUUACGGUGUUUUAGUAUGUUUUAUCAGUGUAUUGUGGUGUUUUAAGUGAUUUUAAGGCUGUUUUAUAUGUUUUAUAGGUCUGCUUAGGUGUUUUAAUUGUGUUUUAGGGUGUUUUAGUAUAUUUUAUGGAUGUUUAGGUGUUUGACGGGGAAUUUGCCUGAUUCUAAUCUUCUUUGCAUGUCCUCUUGUCCUUCCAGCUUCUUGUGUCACCAGCACCAGGUCUUCCUUGUCUAUCUUUUCAAUGCCAUUUACUAUUUAAUACAUUGUUAUUAGUUCUCC